CUCCGGGUCCGGCUGACAAUCCGCGCUCCAGACGCUCAUGAGCAGGGAGGCAAGUGUCAGGCUGAUGCGCCUGAGCCGGGCGAGGGCUGGCGGGGCCACGUGAAGAGGCUGCGGUGCCGGGGAGCCUUUUCCGCCCAAACCCGAGCCCCGGGGGGGAGAGGGGAGAGGCUGCGGCGCCGCGAUGAGGCGCGGAAAGGUCGCGGUGGCCGCCGGCUGCUGCCUCUCCUUCUUCCUGGGCACUUUGCUGAACGUGUUCUUCAUCCCGGGCUUUGAGCCUCACCAGCAGCAGCCGCCGCGGCGCGGGGUCCCCCCGGCGUUUGCGGGCUCGCCCUUCUACUGGCCGGGGGCGGACCGCGAGAGCCAGCGCUCGGAGCUCGCCCGGCAGAUCAGGGAGCGCUACCAGGAGCUGCUCCGCUACCAGAAGCGCCAGGCGCCCGCGGCUGCUGCCCGGCGGCUGGUGAGACCGCUGGAGCGGCGGCUGAUGGACCUGGCCCAGCCGCGGACCUCCUCGGAGCAGACUCUUCGGCUGGAGAAGGGGAAAGCGCCGCAGGCUGACAGCCGCGGGGGCCCCUAUCCCGAAGCCAAAGUAGACCUGGCUCUGAGCCCCCCUCUGCUGGGGUGUCGAGACAUCCACAAUGUCACCAGCCUGCACUACUUGGGCUCCGGCUACACCAAAGCUGUCUACAAGGUCGUCCUGAACCGCACGCUGGCCGUGGCGCUGAAAUCGGUGGAUUUUGGGGGGCACGACAUCGAGAACUGCGUGAAGCAAUACGCGGCGUUAGACGCUUGCUACCGGCUCGCCUCCUACAAAAUCGUCAAGGAGAUGAUCCUCCUGCAAAGGCUGCAGCACGCCAACAUCCUCCAGCUCUAUGGCUACUGUUAUCAGGAUAGCAAUGACAUCCCAGACACGCUGACUGCCAUCACUGAGCUAGGCUCACCACUGGAGAUGAUUCAGCUUUUACAGACCUCUUGGGAGGACAGAUUUCGAAUAUGUCUCAGCUUAGUUCGGCUUUUGCAUUAUUUGGCUCACUCUCCGCUUGGCUCCGUGACGCUGUUGGAUUUUCGCCCUCGACAGUUUGUGAUUGUAGAUGGAGAGCUGAAAGUGACAGAUUUGGAUGACGCCAGCAUAGAAGAAAGCUCUUGUACCAGUAACCGUGACUGUUUUAUAGAGUUUCCAGCAAGAAAUUUCACUCUUCCCUGCUCUGUGGAGGGCCGAUGUCGAAAUAUGAAUGAAAAGAGGAAUCUUUAUAAUGCGUACAGGUUUUUUUUUACAUAUCUUCUGCCACACAGUGCUCCAUCCUCCUUAAGACCAUUAUUGGACAUGAUAGUCAAUGCUACAGGAGAACUCCACUGGGGAAUAGAUGAAACAGUGGCUCAGCUAGAAAGAGUUUUGCAUUUAUACAAGAGUGGCACAUACCUACAGAACACUACACGGAUGCUGAAAGCUGAGUACCAACAGAUACCGGAAGCUGCUAUUCCCGAUGAGAACUACAGGUGCUGGCCUUCUUACCAUCACAAGGGCUGCCUCCUCUCUGUGUUCGAUGUCGGCGAAGCCAUCGAGGUCUGCGAGAAUCACUCCCAGUGCAAAGCUUUUGUCCUGACCAACCAGACAACGUGGACAGGUCGGCAGCUUGUCUUCUUCAAGAUGGGCUCAAAUCAUAUCGUGCCUGAUCCUGACAAGAUAACAUAUGUGAAAGUGACAGGCUGACAGCUUAAGUGGCUUAGGCUGACUUGUAAAUGACAGGAGCUGUUUGUGUAUAAAUAUAGACAGCUGUUAUGUACAAGAUGUCUGCGGGAGGGAGAGAUAAUUGCACUAUUACUCAUUCUAAUCUAGAGUGCUAAGCAAAACUUUAAAGAAAUGACCUGCAUGGUCAGGAUGAAUGUGCAAUACAACAACAUUUUCAAAAUGUGAUUUUUAUAACAAAACAAAAAAUACAAAAUGUGAUACACUGUUGGAAUAUAAGUUGGGUUUUAAAGCAGUAGGUAACUCUAGCCUUUCUAACCAAGGUUAAUGGUCUGUACAUAUUUGCACAGAGUUGGAAGUUCAUAAUUUCCAUAGGAAGUCUGGGUCCUCUGCCAGGAUAUUUAUUUAGACAAGUACAAUCACUACAGAGUCAAUGAAGCUUAUCAGUUACAAAGCUAAAUAUCAAAUGUUAUAGAAGACAAUCAACAUUUGUGUCAAUGUUAUCAGAUAUGCAAGACCAAAAACAUUUGUAGAAAUACGAUGGGCCUGUCAUCAAUGGAACUCAGCCAUAUUUAUAAUUUCAAAAAUGUAGCCAAUUUUCAUUUUGUUUGAAAAGUUUAUGAAAACAUUUAUCUUUAAUUUAAGAAAGCCAUAUUUCAGUUGUUUAGGCCCUGAUCCAGCAAAGCACUUACUCAUAUGCCAACUUUAAGCAUGAGUAGUCCCACUGAAGCCAGGGGGAUUUAAGUCCAUGCUUAAGUGCUUUGCUGAAUAGGGAUAGCUUUAAGUAUAUAUUUAAGUGUUUUGCUGAAUCAAGGCCUUAAUAACUGUCCAAAAUAUUCCCUAAGGUAUUUCACUGACAGAUCAGCAAAGCAAUCCAGCAGUUUGAACAACAUAAUUUUUUAUGAAAAUCUUGCCAUGGAAAACUUUUCAUUUGUAGUAUCCUCAAAUCCUUGGUUUUCUAAGGUGCUUCUUACUAGUUCUUAGAACAAAUGAAAUGAAAAAUGAACACUAGCCUUAAAUUCUAUAUAAAUAGAUGCAUUUUAUAGGCAUAGUGUGUCUAGAGAAUUUGCUUUCAGUGAAAGCAAUAAACUAAAUGCUAAAAGUGACCAAUGUCAUACUGUUUUGUAGUUUGUACAUUCAGAAAAUUUUGUACUUUUGUUCCUUAAAUUGUUUAUUUUUGUAAAAAAUAAAAUAAAAUUUAAAAUUUGUCAAUUUUUUUCUGUGCUUUACCCUAAGGCCUGAACCCUGUGAAGAUGUAUGUAAGUUCUUAACAUAGAAUAUUCUAAGUUGUGUGCACAAAUCUUUGCAGAAUUGGGAUCUAAGAGAACCCAAUUAUGCCCUAGGAUAUACAUGACUCCCUACUGACUUCAGUGGGAAUCUGGUGUGCGUAUCCAAGAGCAAAGUUUGGCCCUGUAUGUGUGUUUGUCUAUGCUGAAAUAAGUGACCUUUAGGUCGAGAGACCAUGUUUCAGUAGCUUCUCUUUCUUUGUGACUUCAGUCAUGUAAAUAUAGCUCAUGGGUGUUCAAACAUUUUGAAUUAACUGCGGAUUAGAAUAGAAUCCGAAGUAAUUAAUCAUAGGACUAAAUUCUGUUUGUCCUCACUGGGCUCUGCUCAGGGCAGUGGGGGAGAGGGAGGAAGGGAGCUGCAGCAGCGAAGCAGAAGUUCUCUCAGCUUUCUGACUAUGCAGGAGAGGAUGUUCUUGGGGCAGCACAUUCAGCAACAGUCCUUAUUUCACUGCAGUUUCUCAGAGAUCACCGAUACUAUAAUAAUGUCUCACAAAUCACUAAAAUGACAUGCUAUAAUUCACUGAUUAGCAUUUUAGCUGCUGCAAUAACUGAUUGUAUAAUUAGGAGUCCCUCAUUCAUUUAAUGGUGAUAAACACACAGUAAGGAGUCCUUUAAAAUUCAUUACACAUCACACCAACACAUAUUGUACUUCAAUGUAAGAUCAUUGAAGUGAUACACCUUACUGGCAUUGAGGUAUCAGGACAUACUUUGAAAGCCUUUAACCCUGGUUGUGUGCCUUCAUAUUAAACAUUAUAUAAAAUACUUGGCAUUUUAAAAAAAAGUAAUGCAUUUUAUAAAUGGUUGUUUAAUUGGAUAUUUUUUAUUUAGUAAAAUGGCUAACAGUUUUUUAAAUUUCAAGGGGAAAAAAGAUAUCCAAAGGCUAAUGAUCAGGAUAAUUUCAUUCCACCCUUUCAAGUUUUCCUAAAAGCAUCUGAAACUGAAAACCAAAAACCAUACUGCCCUGUGGAAACUGAAAAACUGCCAAAACAAUUAUCACCAGAAUUUGCAAAAAGAAAGAAACGUAGCUUUGAGCCAAAAGACUGGAUGACAAAUUUCAGUGGUCAUCAAUUUUAUAUGGACCAUUUGAUAACUCUGAAAAUAAGGGUUUCCUAUGGAAAUGCUGAUAGAAUCUUAACAAGAAGCACUUUAGUACAUUAAAUAGUUCUAAUAGCUGGAAUAACCACUGGUAACAGAAAUAUAUUUACUAUCUAGGGCAAUGUGUCUUUGGCAGCUUAAGAUCUGAUUCAGCAAAUGCUCAGACUGGUUCUUGUAGCAUUUAUUAUUUAUUUGGUGUAUGCAGUUCAGUCAAGCCAAGCCACGAUGUUCAAGGCAUGAAGACCUCCAGGAAGUGGAGUCAUUUUGCAGUCCUCAAUCCUGUGUCAUGGUUUGUGGCUGCCCACAUUGACACUGACUGUCUCUAGAAUGCCACUGAAAUUCUGCUGCAGCACAAAUUCUUGUCCAGUAUGAAACUGGUUCAGAAGACUGCAUUGCCUUUGCCAUAAAUCAAACUCAGGUAGACAUUGGGUAGGGUCUGAAACAAGAUAAUUUUGUAUCACUUUCUCUGUGGACCAUGAAGCUCACCAUGCAUCCCCUACCUUAAAUCCCUCACCUGUUAAACUUAUCCACAGUGGGCAAUGUGAGUGCUGACUAUAAUGUCGUGGAUAGUUGUGGCAUGGAAACCCACAGUAGAAGACGACUCACAAAAGCAAUUUGGCAGGUUUGAUCCAGUCAGACCCUUCUAGACUUGGAGCAGCAAUCAUAUACAAUUUCUUUGUGGAAAAAGGUAUUUUUAUAUUUUCUUGAAAGGUUGGACUGUUUCUUACAUUUCCUUGGCAUCGUCAAACUGCUUCCUGCAGCUCCGACGCAGGAAAAGGAAAGACGACACCAACUAGGCUCUACGUGGCUGAUCCUUGGUAUUAAAAAAGAAAUAAAUCCUGAGAUCUGAAUAGAGAUUUACUCAGUGCAAAUCCAACAGACGGUGUAUGAAAUGAACUGCCAACAAUGUACUGAAUGGGCCUGGGGAAAGUGAGAUCUAUCAAAUAGUGAGCAUUGUUCACAAAAGACUGUCUGAUCAUUUGUAUAAAUCUGACAAGGCGUAAGGAAGGCCUGAUGACUCUUGGAAAGGCUUGAAAGUUUAGGGGUCUGUUAAGAUCUGCCCAUGGUCCCUUUGCUACAGGAGCUAAUACAGGAAACUACAGGCUAGAAACGAUUACUUAGCAGCUAGCCUUACUCCUGCCAGACACUGAUUGAUCAGCUGACAGGCAUCAAAAGGGAUGGGAGUAGAAGCCUAUCUGAAUGAACCUGAAUAAGCAGUUGGUGAAAUACUGUUACUACCCAGGGAGGAAAAGCAAAGGGGAUACACUAGGGGAAUCCAGUGACAAAAAGACUAGCGGGAGCCCUGAGACAGAGAAAAUCACUAGUCAAUCCUACAAAAAUUAUGAGAUUAAAAAAAUUCUCAUUUUUCUUUGCUGGCUGGUUUCUGAGGGAGCCCUUGGGUCAUAUUUCCAAGCUUUUCUCCACUACCAGAAGGAAUAUAAACUUACCUUUUCUAAAAAUGAACAUUGAAGUUCUCACAUAAAUCCACAGCUCCUUGUGUCAGCUGACUAAGAAAAAAAACCAAAUAUAAUGAAAAUUGCAAUACAAAGCAUGAGAACCAGCAAUAGAUACAGAGGUACUCAAAGGUGAGUCCAGAGAACCCUUCCUUGUGUCUUGUACAAUGAAGAAAUAAGUAAAACUGGUCAAAAAUUGGGGAAAAAGCUUCAUGAAUAUUUUCUUAGAAAAUGGUCUCUUUUUUUUUGGCCAAAAUUUGAAAUUCUAAUGAGAACUUUUUUUAAAUAAAAGUUUGCUAAAAUACUUUAUACUGUGUCAAACA